AGACAGGAAGGACCUAAGACAGGCGACGGCCGGACGGGCGUUUUAUUGAUUCUGGGGCGCCGCGGCGCUACCCACCCGCGGCGGGGUAGAGCCUGCUGGCGAGAGGAAAACUCUCCUCCCCGGCGAGGAGGACGAUUUUCUCCAUCGUCUCUUCAUCCUUUUACCUACCUACCUCGGAAAUCGGCGGGCCGAUUUUCCCCGAUUCUUCCUUCCACCCCACGCGGUCGCGCCUCUCCAAUCUCUUCCCCUUUUUUUUUUUUGCAACUCGGAGCCGGCCGGUGGGUGUGUGCAACGACACCGUCGUCGUCGUCGUCGUCGUCGUCGUUCGUCGAACCGUCGGUAUCAGUCAGCUUCUUGAUAGCGGUCAGGAAACGGGCACGAUCGAUCGUCGUGGAUAAUCGCGAAAGUGAAGAAGGUCGCACCAAUAACCUACAGACUACCGGGAGAGUUUCCCAGUGAAAUAUUCGCGCCGGUUACCGUCGCAACGUGACAGAAACUCCUUGAGCAACUUUCAAUAAUAUUUAUAUAUGCGCGAAGAAUCUCUACGAAAUAUUUAUAAAAGAAAAUUGUGAGAAUAAAGUGUGAUAACAUUGGAAAAUCGUUCUCGUUGUUGCUGAAGAACCGGUUUCGCGAGGGAACGGUGACGGAGACCGAAGAGAUUACGAAAGGAAAAUCAUAUGUUUUACACUAUCGUUGAAAUCAGCUUAGACAGUUACCAAGAUAUCGACGAGAUCGAAUUAAAUCGAAGUUGCCCCAAAUACUUCCUUCGAACGCCGCUGUGGAAAAUAACGAAAAGCGAUCACCAGUGUUGAGAAACAUUCCGAAUGUUCAUGAUGAUAACGAGAAAAUAGGGAAACGAGGAUUACUUUAAAUGGUCCUGCGGCUAAACUUUAACGUCAAGUUUAAACUCUAAGAUUUAUCGGUGGAUGACGAUAAUCUGCGGGGAUAAUAAUUUUUCGAAGAAGGUGCGGAGAGAAGAAAUUUCCGAUUCCGCACGAUCGGUCGUUUUCACGCUCUUGAUCAUCGAAUUAAAAGUGCGAUUGCGAGAGAAGCGGCGAGAAAAUUAAUUCAUCGCAUAAGGUAAGAUAAAGUUUAAUAAGCGCAUCGAAUAAAAGACAGAAAUAAGAGACAAAAACGUGAAGACUAAAGACAGAAACAAAGGGGAAAAGUCGGGAGUUCGAUCGCUUUUGCGAGACAAAUGGACGUAGACGUGACCAAGGAAGCUAACUUCCAUAGGGAGCCUGUCAGAAAUUUGAUGCCGAUGGAAGCGUCGUAAGCCGCCGUUGGGGCUGCGCUGAUUCGCGUCGAUUAUCCGAAGAAUCGGUCGAUUUCGACGAGGCAUCGAGGAGGAAGCCCAGACCUCGUCUGUCGUCCGGGUGGUUCUGUGGCACUGAAAUGGGCCCCGCCAGCAGCCACGAGCAGAUUGGCGAGCAAAUCGGCGACGACGAUGGCCUGCAGAUCCACCCGAAGCCGUUGAUACUGGCGAACAAUAUCACGGAGAGCGAAUAUUCUGUAGAAGAACAAUCGAGAUUAACGGGGGCCGAUGGACCGGGCGGCGAUGAAGCUUCGCCCGAAGAUGAGGGAGGUUCGCUCUGCGAAUACCACGAUAUACCACCCCCACCUGACGGUGGUUAUGGUUGGGUGGUGGUAUUUGCAUCGUUUAUGUGUAACAUGAUAGUGGACGGUAUUGCCUAUACGUUCGGCGUUUUUCUAGGAGAGUUUGUUAAAUAUUUUGGGGAAGGAAAGGGCAAGACCGCUUGGGUUGGCUCGUUGUUAUCUGGAAUGUACCUUAGCGCUGGCCCUGUCGUCAGUGCUUUAACGAAUAAGUAUGGCUGUAGAGCAGUAUGUAUGGCAGGAAGUUUCUUAGGCGCCGCCGCAUUUGUACUUUCAACAUUUUCAAGCAGUGUAAAUAUGCUUAUGAUGACUUACGGCAUUAUGGGAGGAAUUGGAUUUGGUUUGAUAUAUCUACCCGCAGUAGUUUGCGUAGGCUAUUACUUUGAAACCAAAAGAUCUUUAGCUACGGGUAUUGCCGUAUGCGGAUCGGGAUUCGGCACGUUCGCAUUUGCGCCUCUCGCGACCAUGUUGCUGGAGGCAUAUAGCUGGAAGGGAGCAAAUCUAAUCCUGGCUGGUCUCAUCUUAAAUUGCGCAGUAUUUGGUGCCAUGAUGAGACCUUUGGAAUAUCCGAAAGCUUCUUCUGUUAAACCAUUAUUACAAAGAAUGGCCGAAGAGAAGAGAUUUCAGAUGGAACGUGGCAGCAUCGGUGGUUCUUAUUUUAUGGUACAAUUGCCGGACGGAUCUAUGGAAAAGCGAAUGAAAAUGCCAAUCAAUAUUGAUCCUGGUGUUCAUUCCAGUUUCAAUUUAGACCAAUUAGUGCCUGUUCCAACGGUGCCAACCCUCCCGACUAUAUCCGAAGUGAAGGUACAAGAGCACUCUUCCAGUGGGCAUACUAGCGAUAGCGGCAGCAUGGACUUAAAGAAUAUUUCGAAUAAAUCUAAAAGCAAGAAUAUCGACGAAACCAAAGACGCCAAGGACGCGGAGAAGCCCGAGAAUGAAUUUAAUAAGACGAUAAUCCCCAGAAACGCGUCGCAGCCGGCUUUCACGACCCACGUUCAAGGUUUGCCUAAAAACGGCUCUGUGCCAUUCUUCGAUAGAAUUCGUAAAACGAGUACCAGCGAGCGCUACAAGCCUAGCCUUAGUGCAAUAAAAAACUCUAGGACAACGCUUAACUCUAAUGGAGAUAUCAGAAAGAGCUUGCAUCUGAGACUUUCCACAAGUAGUAUGCUGGGAUCGCGAAAUAAUAACGCUGAAGUUGAUGAUGGUGAGAGUAUUACUUUUACUACCAGUAAAACUAGUAUCCCAAAGGAAAAACCAAUGAUGGUCCGUCCCUUAUCGAGAAAGGAUAUUUUCUACAGUGGUAGCGUAGUCAAUUUACCAGAAUACCAAAGCCAGAAAUCUCUCGCCAAUUAUCGUCAGAGUGUUAUAUCUAUUCCCAAAUCUGUACGUGGUGACAUGAAGGACAUUGAUAUCGAAAAAGCGCAACAACAACCUUUAUGUCCUUGCUUGGUAUUACCUGACUCGUUUAAAGAAGCUCUAGCGACGAUGAUGGACAUGUCCUUAUUGAAGGAUCCCGUUUUCCUUCUAAUUGGUAUUAGCAACGUGUUUGGUAUGGCUGGAUUAUAUGUUCCUUUUGUAUAUCUGGUGGAUGCUGCGGUCUUAGAUGGAAUUGAAAGCAAUUCUGCAUCGUUCUUAUUAUCCAUCAUUGGAAUAACGAACACUAUAGGUCGUGUGGCUUGUGGAUAUGUGGCCGAUUUUCCGCAAGUUGAUUCCUUACUGUUAAAUAAUGUUUGUUUAAUUAUAUCUACAAUCGCAGUAGCUGCAACACCAUUUUGCCAUACUUACGCCGCUUAUAUUAUUAUGAGCAUAUUUUUCGGAAUAGCAAUAUCUGGGUAUAUCUCAUUAACAUCGAUCAUUUUGGUGGAUCUCUUGGGAUUAGACAAAUUAACGAACGCUUUCGGCCUUUUAAUUCUGUUCAGAGGGGCUGCUGCUAUAGUUGGCUCACCCUUAGCGGGCGCUGUUUACGACGCAACGCAAAGCUAUAGCAUCCCGUUUUUCAUGGCAGGGUUUUUCUUCCUUGUAAGCACUAUUACUAGUUUCAUGGCCCCUGCUAUGAAACGGUGCACUACACCGCAGACUCAACCUGUGAUAUUAGAUACAUUGACUCCAAUUGACGAAGAUAUCGAGGAAGAGAACGAGGAGGACUUACCGGAAAUAAUAGAAACUGCGCCGUCACCCUUAGAACCACCUGAAAAGGAAAUCAAGCAAAUAGAGUCUGUUUUAUAAAUACUUCUGAUCAUUUUUAAAUGGAUAAAAAUCGCCUUCACUCCGAGCCACACUGUGAUAGGGCUGCUACUUUAAAGUCUCAAAAAUGUACUUCUUUGUUACACGUUUAAUCGAUAAAGCACAAAUUAGUGGCAUAUCUGAUGGAAUUUUUAACGUAGUUACGUACUUAGAUUUGUAUGACUGUAUAUGUUUUCUUGUUUUUUCUUUGUUUUCUAUUGAAAACC